AUAUUUAAUUCUUUAUCUGAACAAACUGUGUGACUUUCUGGCACCAGAUUUCUGCUUCUAAUCACCUGAUAAUGGUUGAAAAACACUGCAUACUUUAAAAUAACAAGUACCAUAAUUUACCUAUUUAAAUUUAUGUUGCUGCAUUGAACUAUUUAUUUUAAAUUGAUCUGCUUGUACGUGAAACGACGAAAAAAAAUUUAAGCAUUUCUGGAGCAUUCCCCAAAUGACUGAAAAUACUCCACUAUCAGAGGAGACACUAAAAAAAGGUGUCAUCGCUUGUUUAGGUUUGGCCCAGCACACCUGGCUUCUUCCUGCUUUGGUCUGCGACGAGUAAAGGCAGGAAAUGCAACGUAAAGGAAUGUGAAAACUAAAAUAAAAAAGGUGGGAAAGGCAAUGAGAAAAGUGAAUCUUAGAUUGAUUCACAGAUCAGGAAGAGCUGAUUAAACUGGUGGAUGUGGAGGAGUUUAGGAGGGCAGCGUGACUCAAUCAGGAUAAAACAGUAAAAUUACUCCACCCUCAGCCUCCAGCUUCUCCAGUGAGGUAACCCCCCCACAACCAACACCCCCUCCUCAUACUGUCACAGCCCUCCCACUCCUGCAGCUGGUUCAGUGUGUGUGUGUCACCACUUUCCCCUCUUACAAAGCAGAAACGUCUGACUGCAGAACCGCACCGAGGGAGGUGCGGUUUGUAUUUAUCCCUCAUCAGGGUCCUCUGCAAGUUCCCCCCACUCGAACCUGGAACACACAAAUCAGCAAAACGUUGGAAGCUUUCACUCGUUUCGAAGGGUUUUUAUUUGGAGAAGCAUCCUCUUCUAUCCAGCAGCAGCAGCAGCAGCUUCCCACUCCUCUCCUCUCCCUGGAGGCUGAUUUGGACUUGGAAGACGUUUUCUCCUCUUCUGUCGCUCGUAAAGCUUUUAAAGCGAUCCUGGCUCCCGUAGAAAUGGCUGACGAGGAGCAGCCAGAUCCCAACUACCUGCAGAUACCAGAUGAAAAUGUCUCCACGCCGUCCUCUCCUGCCACAGCCAGAAGCGACUGCAGUAUCACGCCGCUCACACCCUCGGCUUCACCGAGGGUAGAGGUCAGACCCAGAAUGGCUUGUCCAUUUUCUGUUGUUGUGGCGAUAGACUUUGGGACAACCUCCAGCGGCUACGCCUUCAGCUUCACGGAGGACUCAGAGGCCAUACACAUGAUGAAACGCUGGGAGGGCGGUGACCCCGGCGUGGCCAACCAGAAGAGCCCAACGUGCCUGCUGCUGACUCCCGAAUUAAGGUUCCACAGUUUCGGGUUUGCGGCGCGAGACUUCUACCAUGACCUGGAUCCAGAGGAGGCCCAGCACUGGCUUUACUUUGAUAAAUUUAAAAUGAAGAUCCACAGCACGAGUGACCUGACGAUGGAGACGGAGCUGGAGGCGGUUAACGGUCGGAAGGUCAGGGCGAUCGAGGUGUUCGCACACGCCCUGCGCUUCUUCAGAGAGCACGCUCUGAAGGAGGUGAAGGACCAGUCGUCGUCCGUAUUGGAAGGAGAGGAGAUCAGAUGGGUGAUCACCGUCCCCGCCGUGUGGAGACAACCUGCCAAGCAGUUCAUGAGGGAGGCUGCGUACAUGGCCGGUCUGGUGUCUCCCGACUGUCCCGAACAGCUCCUCAUCGCUCUGGAGCCCGAGGCCGCCUCCAUCUAUUGUCGCAAGCUCCGCCUCCACCAGGUGCUCGACCUGAGCGUGCAGCCAAUCACAAACGGCCCGGACCUGGACGGGUCCCGGGGCUUUGACUCCAGCUUCAGGCAAGCGAGGGAGCAGCUGAGACGAUCCAGACACAGCAGGACCUUUCUGGUGGAAAGUGGGACCGGAGAGCUGUGGUCAGAGCUGCAGACUGGUGACAGGUACGUUGUUGCAGACUGUGGAGGAGGAACGGUGGAUUUGACAGUUCAUCAGAUUGAGCAGCCUCAGGGGACACUGAAAGAGCUCUACAAAGCUUCAGGCGGUCCUUACGGCGCUGUCGGCGUAGACCUGGCUUUUGAAGCCAUGCUGUGUCAGAUCUUUGGAGAGGACUUCAUUCAGAGCUUUAAAGCCAAGCGGCCGGCGGCCUGGGUGGACCUCAUGAUCGCAUUCGAAGCGAGGAAACGGACAGCGUCGCCGGGGAGAGCCAACGCCCUGAAUAUCUCCCUGCCCUUUUCUUUCAUCGACUACUACAAAAGACACAGGGGGCACAGCGUGGAGGCCGCCCUGAGGAGGAGCAAUAUGAAGAUAGUGAAGUGGUCGUCCCAGGGCAUGCUGCGGCUGACGCAGGAAGCUAUGAACGAACUCUUCCAGCCCACCAUCAGCAAUAUAGUUAAACACAUAGAGGAGUUGAUGUUGAAGCCGGAGGUGCACGGUGUGCGUUUCCUCUUCCUGGUUGGUGGGUUUGCAGAGUCGCCCAUGCUGCAGAAAUCAGUCCAGAGGGCUCUGGGACGGGCGUGUCGCAUCAUCAUCCCUCACGACGUUGGACUGACCAUACUGAAGGGGGCCGUGCUCUUCGGGCUGGAUCCCACCGUGGUCAGGGUGCGACGAUGCCCGCUGACCUACGGGGUCGGCGUCUUGAACCGGUUCCUGGACGGACGCCACCCCCGGGACAAACUCCUCAUCAAAGACGGGCGCGAGUGGUGCACGGACAUCUUCGACCGCUUCAUCUCCGUCGACCAGUCGGUGGCUCUGGGAGAGGUCGUGAGGCGGAGCUACACGCCCGCUCGGGCGGGCCAGCGCAAGAUCAUCGUCAACAUCUACUGCAGCGCCACCGACGACGUCACGUACAUCUCCGACCCCGGCGUCAGGAAGUGCGGAACCGUAACGCUGGACUUGCCCGAGCCUUUGCCGCCACUCGGAGCGGUGGGCGGAGCCGGGGCAGAGAGACGGGAGAUCAGGGCCACCAUGCAGUUCGGAGACACGGAGAUCAAAGUCACGGCCGUUGACGUCAUGUCCAACCGCUCCGUCCGGGCUUCCAUAGACUUCCUGUCCAAUUAAAGACCAUCUGAAACUCACUAGAACUGAUCCGAUGAGGGAAAAUUACAGAGAAAUCAAUCCAUGAUGUUGUGGGGUUUUCAUAUUGAAUAUCUUCCACUGAUUAGCAUAGACACCUUAAAACCUAAUUAUUUCAAACUUUUAUAUCUGUAUUAUCUAAAAAUCAAGUAUGCUACCUGAAGACUGGCUCAUCGUUAAAAUUCUCAUCAUAUAACUGAUACCUCAUUUAAAUCCUGAUAUAAACUUGGACUGAAGCUUUGGUUCUUUAAUGUGGAAGUGCUCCAUCUAGUGGUGAAAAGGUUAAACUACAAGCUAUUUUGAGUUUAGAAAUCGUGAUCCCCUCUGAAAACUUGAAAUUAUCUUUUACAAAACCCUGUUUUACCCUUACUGGGACUCUAACAUGAUUUCUUUAUCAGCUCAACUCUGAAAACUUGCUUCAAAUCCAUCGAUUUUUGUGUGGAAACAAGCCUGAGACGAUUAAAAACAAACCUCCCCCCAGCCCACAAAACACUUUAAGUAGAAGUUGCCUUGUUAGAUUAUGCCUCAAUAGAAAGGAUCAGUCUAAAAUUUACCAAAAUAAAAGCUACAAUGAUGCUAAAGCUCCAUGUAGCUACUGUAAAACAAACUAUUCAUUCUGAUCCAUUAGUUUCUUUUACAGUUCUUGAUAAGUGCAGCUUUACAGGGAGUUUCUACAAAUCAUAAUGUUUGAUGCAACUUUACUGAACCGACUUCCAGAAUUAAAUAAGCUUAAACACUCUGAAGUUAGAACACCUGAAUCAAGUCAGCCUUAAACCAGUACCAAGACUGUCAAAGUGAACUGUUGCUGGAAACUAUAUCGUUUGGUACAAAAAAUGAGGGAAAUCUUGGGAAAUUUUAGUUAUGUUAAACUAUGAUAAGCUGAAGUAAAUAUUUUUAACCGUCACAUCAAAUCAACACAUUUUGAUGAAUCAAACUGGUUUUCUUUAUUGUAAUAAACUGUUUAUAAUUAAACCGUUGACUCAGUAA